UAGUGACCGCUAGCUAGCUUCGGGUAUCGGGGACCGAGAGUGGGCUGGCGGAGGAGGGAGUGAGGAGUUGGGGCUGAGAGGAGGGGGUAGAGCCCUCGACCGUCGAAUAAGGGGACGCGCGAUGGGGCAGAGGCCCACUGGCGAGGGAGCGGCGCAGAUGAGAGAUGGGGGUAGAGCCCGGCUGAUGGGAGACAGACUGCGGUUAAGUCGGGAGGGAGAAGGCAGCACUGACUUGCUAGGGUGUGGGAAAGGAUCAGGUUGUAAUUUGGGAAGGUUGAGGUGCAGUCCAAGGAAGACGGCUCAAGAAAGUGGUGGAUCGGCUCAGGCCCCGGCCUAGGCUGUUGGAUGGCCGUUGUCGGAUGCCGACAGAACAGAGGGAGGAGAAGCAGCUUGAGGCAUCAUUAGAUGCACUGCUGAGUCAAGUGGCUGAUCUGAAGAAUUCGCUGGGGAGUUUCAUUUACAAGUUGGAGAAUGAAUAUGACCGGCUGACCUGGCCAUCUGUCCUGGACAGCUUUGCCUUGCUCUCUGGACAGCUGAACACUCUGAACAAGGUCUUGAAGCAUGAAAAGACACCACUGUUCCGUAACCAGGUCAUCAUCCCUCUGGUGUUGUCCCCAGACCGAGAUGAAGAUCUCAUGAGGCAGACUGAAGGACGGGUACCUGUUUUUAGCCAUGAGGUGGUCCCUGACCAUCUGAGAACCAAGCCUGACCCUGAGGUAGAAGAGCAAGAGAAGCAGCUGACAACGGAUGCUGCCCGCAUUGGUGCUGAUGCAGCUCAGAAGCAGAUCCAGAGCUUGAAUAAAAUGUGCUCAAACCUUCUGGAGAAAAUCAGCAAAGAGGAACGAGAAGCGGAGAGUGGAGGUCUCCGGCCGAACAAGCAGACCUUUAACCCAGCAGACACCAAUGCGUUAGUGGCAGCUGUUGCCUUUGGGAAGGGGCUGUCUAAUUGGAGGCCUUCAGGCAGCAGUGGUCCUGGCCAGCCGGGCCAGCCAGGAGCUGGGACAAUCCUCGCAGGAGCCUCAGGACUACAGCAGGUGCAGAUGGCAGGAGCUCCGAGUCAGCAGCAGCCAAUGCUCAGUGGGGUGCAGAUGGCCCAAGCAGGUCAACCAGGGAAAAUGCCAAGUGGAAUAAAAACCAACAUCAAGUCGGCUUCCAUGCAUCCCUACCAGCGGUGAGUGUGGCCGACAACCUCCACUCCCAGGUGCUCUUUGCAGAGUUGGGCAGUGAAGCUGCCUUUUGCCCAAAGCUGACCUAGAUGGGUAUAAUAAAAAGAAUACGGGCUUUCAGCCACAGACAGAUCCCAUCUCCAGUGCCGACUAGCUGUGUGACUUUGGGCAAGUGACCUAAUUUUUCUGAGCCGGUUUUCUUGUUUAUAAAUGGUGAUAAUACCUACCUCAUAGGGUUGUUGUGAGGAUUAAAAUGGGAAAAUGAAUGUAAAACACUUGGCACAGUCUAUGAAAUAAUGGGUAUUCAAUAAAUGAGAGUUUCUACAGCCA